CGGUCCUAAGCUCGCGCUGUUUUCUGCAGAGAGUUGGGGCGUGGUCCCAAUCGUGCCCUUAGCUGGAAGGCCGCCGGGGUUGUGGUAACUCUCGCGGGAAAGUGCGUCGUUGCCGCGGUAACGGCGUCGUGGUCGCGAAAGAUGGCCGGGAGAAGUUUCAAGAGACCGGGCGUUUCAGGGACUCUGCUCUCGCCACGCAUUCAGCAACCUGCCACGCCUCGACGGGACCUCCUCGCCAAGGAGGAAGAAUAUAAACGUUUAAAUGCAGAAUUAGAGGCAAAAACAGCUGAUCUGGUUCGACAAGCUGAGGAAGUAAUAAGAGAUCAGCAAGAAGUCCGAUCUAAGUCUGUUUCAGCACAAACUAAAUCAUAUGAGGACAAAGAUGAUUACAGCUUUAGACGUCCAUUAUCUGAAGGGACAGUUCAUUUACAUUCAGAAACUAAGCCAAAGACCAAAAAUGUUGAUCCCAUAAACAAAGUUCAAAACAAACUAUACUCUGCAAGUAAAGGAAGAAAAUCAAGUGUAAAAUUGAAAUACUCUCAUGUGCAGACUGCCAGUGAUGUUGCCAUUCCAGAGGAUUUCUCAGACUUUUCUCUUGCAAAAACAAUUAGCAAGAUUGAAGGGCAACUAGAGAAAGAAGGCUUACCUGAUUAUAUAAAUGAUGAUAUUUUUUCUAGUGUUAGUGAAGACAUUGGAACAGAAGCACAGAUUAGAUUUCUGAAGGCCAAACUCCGUGUUAUGCAGGAAGAAUUGGAUAAUGUUGUCUGUGAACGCAAUAAAAUGGAGGAUGAAGUUCAGGAUUUAAAGUCUCAACUGAAAAAUUUUGAAGAAGAUUGUGUGAGACAGCAGCGGACAAUUAAUUUGCAACAAUCUCAAACAGAAAAGUUUAAAACUCUUUUUGAAGAAGCAAACAAAAAAUGUGAUGGACUACAGCAACAGUUGUCUUCAGUGGAAAGGGAAUUAGAGAAUAAAAGAAGACUACAAAAACAGGCUGUUGCUAGUCAAAGUGCCAUGGAAGUUCGCUUAAAUAGAGCUCUAGAAGAAGCAGAAAAGUAUAAACUAGAGUUAAGUAAACUACAGCAAAAUAACAAGGAUAUAGCAAAUGAAGAACACAAAAAAAUCGAAGCAUUAAAAUCAGAAAACAAGAAGCUAGAAAAACAAAAAGGAGAAUUAAUGAUAGGAUUUAAGAAACAGUUAAAAUUAAUUGAUGUUUUAAAAAGGCAGAAGAUGCAUAUUGAAGCUGCCAAGAUGCUGUCUUUCACUGAAGAGGAAUUUAUGAAGGCACUUGAAUGGGGAAAUUAAUAAGUGAUCUACUUUUAAAUCUCUAGUGUGUGGUGGAUAUACUCUUAAAGUAAAUUUAGGUUUGGGGAUAUAAAAUUGAUACCUUAUUAUUAGGAAUGUUUUAUAAAAUAAAGCAAUAGAAAUUUAA